ACCUUUGCUUGUAGUCGCCUUUCUUUCCCCAGAUUCUCUCUCUUUCUCUCUGUCUCUCCCUCUCUCUCUCUCUCUCUCUCACUCACUCAAAUUUCUUUCUCUUUCUCUCUCUGCUCGAUCAGAUCUCUCCAAACCCAUCAAAAAAAACCCUCCAGUCAACCACCCAUGACGCUUGGCUCGGGAGGAUCGAGUGUCGUGGUGCCUCGGAACUUCAGAUUGCUGGAGGAGCUUGAGCGUGGAGAAAAAGGAAUCGGAGAUGGUACUGUCAGCUAUGGAAUGGAUGAUGGAGAUGACAUUUACAUGCGCUCUUGGACUGGCACCAUUAUUGGUCCUCACAAUACUGUACAUGAAGGUCGAAUCUAUCAGCUGAAGCUGUUCUGCGAUAAAGAUUAUCCAGAGAAGCCACCAAGUGUCCGUUUUCACUCAAGGAUUAACAUGACUUGCGUUAACCAUGAAACUGGAGUGGUGGAACCAAAGAAGUUUGGACUUCUCGCAAAUUGGCAGAGGGAGUAUACAAUGGAGGAUAUACUGACACAACUGAAAAAGGAGAUGGCAGCCCCGCAUAACCGAAAGCUGGUCCAACCUCCUGAGGGUACCUACUUCUAGCUCUCAAGGUCAUAUAGAUAUCCUGGAUCUAAUUGCAUUGUGGUAUGCAAUAUAUAGUUUGUAAUGCUUGUUGAUCCUGUUUAAGUUAAGAACAUAAUGGGGAAUGGCCCAAAAAGCUUCUCCGAUUACGUCUCCUUGGCUUCAUCUUCUUUACCCUUUUUUUGUCGAACUCUGUUGAAGGGAAUGCUGUUUGAUUAAUGGGAUUUUAUCCGUGUGUCAAAUAUUAAAAUGCCCUUUUGAUUAUUGUUUUAGUUC